UCUCAGCGAGGCGCACGCGCCAUUGUUCCUGCUCCAACCUAAUAAUUUAAAAAAUAAAUUAGAGGUUGGCAACAGAACAUUAUUAAAUGAAAUUUAAAAAGUAAAAGGAUUUCGAAUUCGAUUAUAAAAAUAUUUAAAAAAUUAAGUCGAAGCGACUGUGCUCGGAUUUGAAUUGCGCGCGCGAAUUUUGGCGGGAAACUAGAAUUCGUGGUGUUGCAAGUUGAAAUAAAUAAUUUGUGUUUCAAGUGUGUGUGCAGCUAAAAGAUCGUAAACAUGUUUCACGGAGGUAUCUGGGUGAAGCUACGCGCGUACUACAAGUGGUACGUCCUGGGGCUGGUCUCCGUCGGGUACAUCCUGGGGGAGCUCGGGCACUACCUCAUUGGCACAACAUCGAAGGUGACAGCGGAGGACCUGCAUUAUGGAGACAAAGCGUGCCAGCUAAACGCCACACACCUGUCGCUGGCACAGCUGCCUGUCAUCUGCGAGAAGGUCAACUCUAGUGAAAUAUGUGAGACUCUUGAGCUGAACGGGACUCGGUACUGCGAGUGGGGCUAUAAUGGUCUGGGCAUAGACUACCAGGUGCUGGCGGGGCCUGCCUUCAUGGCCGUCUUCACCGUCGUCGGGGUCAUCCUAGGAGUCGUCGCUGAUAAGUACAACAGAGCGCGUAUCCUCUCAGUAUGCACCCUCGUCUUUGUAAUCGCCAUCUUGCUCAUGGGAACAGUCAAAGAAUACUGGCACCUGGUCCUCCUUCGUAUGGUGAUGGCUGCGGGCGAAUCCGGGUGCAACCCGCUAGCUACCGGGAUAUUAACUGAUUUGUUCCCUGAGCACCAGCGCGCGUUAGUGCUGUCAAUCUUCAACUGGGGUAUCUAUGGAGGCUAUGGCAUUGCCUUCCCUGUCGGGAGGUAUAUUCCGGAUUUGAACGCGUGGGGAUUGAGCUGGCGCCUGUGCUACUACGGCGCGGGAAUUAUCGGGUUGGUGAUUUCUCUGCUUACCUUCCUGACACUCCGCGAGCCUGAAAGGACCACCAUCGGGGAAGAACAGUCAGGUGCGGCCAACAACAAAAACGGCGACGCAAGAGUGGAAUCCGGCAAGAAGAUGCCUCAACUGACCAUCUGGCAGGUCAUCAUACAGCCGCGGAUACUGCUGCUGUGUGUCGCCGCCUCCAUCAGACAUUGUGGUGGCAUGUGCUUCGCGUACAACGCGGACCUGUACUACCGCGAUUACUUCCCCGACGUGGACCUCGGCUGGUGGCUGUUCGCCGUCACCGUGGGCAUCGGCUCCGUCGGCGUCGUCGUCGGCGGGGUCAUCUCUGACAAAUUCGUCGCAAAAAUGGGCAUAAGGUCUCGAGUGCUGGUUCUCGCCCUAUCGCAGCUGGUGGCUACUCUUCCCGCCUUCGGAUCCGUCAUUUUCGGCCCCCUGUGGGCUAUGAUCACACUCGCCAUUUCCUAUUUCUUCGCGGAGAUGUGGUUCGGCAUCGUAUUCGCUAUCCUCGUCGAGAUUGUGCCUCUCUCGGUGCGAUCCACUACCGUUGGCGUGUUCCUGUUUGUCAUGAACAAUGUCGGCGGCAACCUACCUAUCCUGGUCGACCCUGUAUCCAAAAUCAUCGGGUACAGAGAAGCCAUUAUGAUCUUCUACGCUGGUUUCUACGGCAUUAGCAGUAUACUUUUCUUCCUCACGAUGUUCCUAAUGGACGGCCCAGUGGAGAAGGCUCCAGAAACCGACGUGCCAGAGCCCCACGUCAAACCUAGUGGCUUAGACAACCGCGCGUUUACCCACGACGAACUUCCCGUUAGAACCGGCAGAAGCUUACCUAGCACUCCUCAAGACGCCAACAGCAGGCUAUAAAUACCACUUAGGCUGUAUAGAAUAAACCAGUGCGUGCAUUAUGCAUUUGGUUAAAAAUAAAAACUUUCAAAUUUGACCAAUCACAAACGUUUAUCCUGAGCAAAGCCUGUGAUUGGUUGAACUGUAAAUAUGGCGGGAAAGAAAGAGUUAAAAUAAUUAAAAUGGCUGUUGACGAAGUGUAGUUUAAUAAAAAUAGAUUAAGGCUAAUCUUUCUGUAGUAACACGGAAACAUUGCCGUGAUCGCUCUUUAGCAAUUAAAAAUAAACUACUUAAUUACCUACUCGAAUAACUUUGCAUUAGUUGAUGAUAUUUUCUUUCCUAUAUUAGUGUUUUAAAAUUGCUAAAAUCCAGCCAGAGGUUUUACAUUAAUUUGUUAAAUAAAAAUUAAUACUUUAUAGGUAUCCCUUGCCAAGACUAUAAUUAUAUAAAAUAGUAAAUUGUGCGUGUUACCUAUUUACACACACACUAAACCUAUUGCUAUAAUAAUGGUAACUUUCCUACGUUCAUAUUUUCUCUUAACUUAGAGACUAAGUACAUCAUCAGCUGUAGGAAUACUGUAAAACACUUAUAUAUGUAUUAAGUAGACGUAAGAUGUUUAUGUAGAGAUGUAUUUACCUACCUACCGUUUAUAUUUAUUAAUUUUGAUAAUUUGGUUAGUAAAGAAACCAGCAGGCAAUAGCAGAAUCGAUUUCAUAAGUAAUUACAAAUAAUUUUCAAAACAAUAUAUAACAAACUGAGAUAUUAUCAAUAUUUAUUUUGUUAAAGUAAAAAUGAGGAUGGGAGUCAAUUUUGGCAGACUCAUAGUGAACGGAAGACAGGAUAGAAAACUUUUAAAUAGUAACCAAUAUUGUCAACGGAUUAUUUUUCGUAUUUAAAAAAAUCAUACACAUUUUGAUAUUACUAUGUGUUCAUUUGUGUUAGAAUUGAUAAUAAGAAAGCUCAGAAUAAGGUUUAAUGUAAAAUAUGGUCGAAAUGAAGCAGUUACUUUUGUGAUAAUGAAGAUUUUGUAAAUAUUUAUUUUUAGUAUAAGAAAUCUUUGUAAAUAAAAUGUUUAAUGUUU